UGUUGCCCUGACAAUUUCGGUGACUAAAAAGUCUCAGAACCAAAUGGCCGACGAGGCUCUUCUCCCACCAAUGAUGAAUGUGACCAAUGAAGAGAUGCACCCUGGGAAGGUUCUGAUGCCCCGGAUUGGUUACACCAUUCUGGCUUUAAUAAUGGCCGUAUUCUGUGCCGCCGCUCUCUUUCUCAACGUCACGGUGAUUGUGGUGACUUUCAAAUAUCGCCAACUGCGCCACCCAAUCAACUACUCGCUGGUCAACCUGGCCAUCGCCGACCUUGGCGUCACCGUGCUGGGCGGGGCCUUGACAGUGGAGACAAAUGCCGUGGGCUACUUUAACCUGGGGAGAGUGGGCUGCGUCAUUGAGGGUUUCGCCGUGGCAUUUUUUGGCAUCGCGGCUUUGUGCACCAUUGCAGUAAUAGCGUUGGACCGAGUGUUCGUGGUGUGCAAGCCAAUGGGCACACUCACAUUCACCCCCAAACAAGCACUGGCCGGCAUUGCUGCUUCCUGGAUCUGGUCGCUCAUAUGGAAUACGCCCCCGCUGUUCGGCUGGGGUAGCUACGAGCUGGAAGGGGUGAUGACAUCCUGCGCCCCCAACUGGUACAGCGCCGACCCAGUCAACAUGUCCUACAUCGUCUGCUACUUCUCCUUCUGCUUUGCCAUCCCAUUCCUCAUCAUCGUGGGGUCCUACGGGUACCUGAUGUGGACUCUGCGGCAGGUUGCCAAGUUGGGUGUAGCGGAAGGAGGUACAACGAGUAAAGCCGAGGUGCAAGUCUCCCGUAUGGUGAUUGUCAUGAUCUUGGCUUUCCUGGUCUGUUGGCUCCCGUACGCCGCCUUUGCCAUGACGGUUGUGGCAAAUCCCGGAAUGCACAUUGACCCCAUUAUAGCCACCGUACCCAUGUACCUGACCAAAACCAGCACCGUCUAUAAUCCAAUUAUCUACAUUUUCAUGAACAAGCAGUUCCAAGAAUGUGUCAUUCCCUUUCUGUUCUGCGGGAGGAAUCCUUGGGCUGCUGAAAAGUCAAGUUCUAUGGAAACUUCUAUCAGCGUAACGAGUGGAACGCCUACGAAACGUGGCCAAGUGGCUCCGGCGUAACGUGCUUUUAUCUCCAGUAUAACCGGC